CUGGAGGAGGGACCUGGUCCCACCCCGGGCCACAGGAGGACCGGUAUGACCGGGGCCCCGCGGUGGGCCCCGUUGCUCCUGUGCCUGCUGCAGUCCGCUCCAGGGAGGCCCCAUCUGGCCCCUCCCCAGAACGUGACGCUGCUCUCCUGGAACUUCAGUGUGUACCUGACGUGGCUCCCAGGACCUGGCAACCCCCAGAACAUGACCUAUUUUGUGGCCUAUCAAAGCUCUGCAACCCCCACAAAGUGGCGGAGAGUAAAAAAGUGUGCAAGAACCAAAGAUCUAGUGUGUUCUCUGAUGUGCCUGGAGAAACAAGACCUGUGCAACAAGUUCAAGGGGCGUGUGCAAGCGGUUUCUCCCAGAGCCAGGUCGCCCUGGGUGGAGUCCAAGUCCAUGGAUUACUUUUUUGAAGUGGAACCAGCCCCACCUGUCCUGGUAUUCACCCGGACAGACGAGAUCCUGAGUGUCAAUGCCACGUACAAGCUGCCCCACUGCAUGCCCCAACCAGAUCUGAACUAUGAGGUGGCUUUCUGGAAAGAGGGGGCCAGGAAUAAGACCCCAUUUCCAGCCACUCCCCAUGGCCAGCCAGUCCAGAUUUCUCUCCAACCAGACACCAGCGGACACCACUGCCUCAGCGCCAGAACUAUCUACACCUUUGGCUACCCUAAAUACAGCGAGUUCUCUGAGCCCACCUGCUUCUUCCUGGAGGCCCCAGGAUCCAACUGGGCACUCCUGGUGCUGCUACCCCUUCUGCUGCCACUGCUGUUGGUCGUUGCCACAGGGCCUGUGAUCUGGAAGAGCUUCAGGGGGAACCCCUGGUUUCAUCAGGCAAAGAUGCCACAGGCCCUGGACCUCUCUGGACACAGACACCCCGGGGCAACCUUUCAACCCAGUGGCCCAGAGUGCCUGCAUGUCUUGAUCCUCUGUCCCCAAAAGGAGCUGACCAGAAGGGUCCGGCUGACCCCUAGAGUCAGGGCCCCAGCCACCGUCCAGGCAGGAUCAGAGAAGGACAGCGCUGAGGGGGAGAAGGACGACAAGGAGAACACAGAUGAGGAGGACACGGACGAAGGUGUCAGCUUCCAGCCCUACACUGAGCCACCCCCCUUCCUGGGGCAGGAACCCCAGAGCCUGGGGCAUGCUGAGGCAGGAGGGCCUUGGACUCCUCUGGUCCAGGUCGAAGGCUCCUCUGCUUGCGAUUCUUCAGACAGAAGCUGGGCCAGCACUGCAGGCUCCUCCCCCUGGGACGAGGCUGGAUCAUCUGGCUACUUGGCCAAGAAGAGGCCAGGCCGAGGACCGGAUGGGAAGGAGCUCCAGAAGCCUCUCCCACCACCCGAAUUCUCCGAGGACUCGAGUUCCCUGGAAGAGCCCCCAAAAGACAACCCGUCCUCCUGGGUCAGCUGGGGCUUACCAUCGCCAGGGCUGAUUCUGGUCCCCAGGGAGCCCCCAGUUUCUCUUCAGACACUGACCUUCUGCUGGGACAGCAGCCCCGAGGAAGAGGAAGAGGAGGGGGAGGAGGAAGAAGAGGGUGGGAGGGAAUCAGAAAGUGAGGACAGCGGUGGCGGCAGCUGCGGGGCUGAGAGCCUCCAGAGGACUGAGGUCAGAGGUAGGACACUGGGGCACUACUUGGCCAGGUGAGCUGUCCCUCCCAGUCUGGUGCUGCUGAGCUUUCUGGGGACCCAGCAUGCCACCAAGACUUGAAAUCCUGGGAGCAUCAUCGCUGGGGCGGCAGAGGGUUCUUACAGCACCUCGGGGAACCCAGCUAGAGGUGUCUGCCAGGUUGAGCAGUCAGAAGCCACCCCGUCCUGUGACCUGCCAGCUUUGGGCCGAGAGCCAAGAGGGGUGGAGACAGGGAUGGGCGGAGGUCAGAGGUUGGUUAGGUGUCGGACCACCCCACUGUCCCUGGGGUGACAGGAAAAGUCAUCCCUGCACAACAUGAAACAGGCGAGGUCAGGUCACGGGGACAUUGAAGGCUGACAGCACAAGGGCCCAUCUGGAUUUGGGGAGGGAAGAAAUCUGGAGGCACACCAAGUGUAGCAGGACUCACGCCUUUCUCCAGCACCCGCUGGGCUCCCUCCUCCCCGAGGCUCGGCAUCCGGAUUUAUGAGUCCCCUAGGGUGGGCCCCAGUGAAGAAAAAUCCAGUUGGCUGAGGGUGUUGUAGAGGAAGAGGAAGGGCAUUAUCCUUCAAAUCCCAGUCUCUCAGUCAUGCAUUGCACAGUUUCCAUUAUCAAAGAGGCCUGGGUCCAAAUCCCAGCUCUGCCAUUUCCCAGUUGUGUGGCCUUAGGGGAGAUACCUUCCUUCUCUGUAGCCGAGUCUCCUUUCUACAGCUACCACCUGGGGCACCGUGAGGGUUCCGACAGAGGCGUGUGAUGCCUGCCACACCGUUGGCACUCACCACGUGGUGGCUGGUAGGAUUCUCCAUCCACCCAGGCUCUGAGGGGACCGCUGGGCAUCUCCCACCUGUGACCCUAAACUCAGAGUGACUGGAGUUCUCACCUCUAGUCUUUCUCCUGCCUCCUGCCCUCGCUGACCCCUGCCUCCUAGUCAGGAAACUGAGUUCUCAGAAGCUGGAGCCCAGCCAAGGGUCCCUCUCCCUUUUCCCAGCAAAGAAAAUACCAAAUGGCCCACCUUCUAGGGGGUCUGAUUCAUUGGUGGCAGGGGAAGCAACCCAGCAGGGAGUCGGACCCCUGGGCCUGUGAUCCCCAUCUUAGCACUUCAGACCCUUUAGGUGACCAUUGUGGUUGUAAAGACAUCCCAUUUCCUCGUCCAGUUUUGAGAAACCACUGUCUUCUGGAAACAGGUGACUGUCCUUACCGGAGGGUAGUGAUGGAUGUUCUCAAACAACCGCUUUAUUAACCUACACCCACCAGUAUAUGGAUGAGCAGAGCUGAGUCUUCACUCGUUAGACCAAGGUUUGGUCAGUUCUGUGGCCCUGCAGGGACCACAGGGAUCAGAACAAUCCUUGGCUCUGCCAUUUCACCUGCCAGGACUUAAGUUCCUCCAUUUGUGUAAAAAGCGUCUUCAUAAGCAUUUUAUCCACGGGGCUGUGUUGUUUUGAAGCCAACGCGAGGGUAGAACAUUAAUGGAAGAUCUGGAAAAGCUUCUCGAGGGCAUCUGGUCCAGGGGUUCUCAAACUGUGUUCCCAAAAGGCCUUGGGCUUCACGGGAGGCGUCUCAAUCGCAGGGGGAGCCGCCUCAAUCGCAGGGGGAGCCGCGGGCUGUAGGAUCACCCCAGUGCAGCCGGAGCAGCCUCCCUGGGCCCUGAUUUUCUCCAGUGGCCCUCUACGUAAGAUUGUGCUUAGGAGUUUCAACUGCUAAAGAAAACGUUAGCAAACCCCUUUUUAAAUUGAACACCUGUCUUUUGUUUCAAACGAGGAAGCUAAAAUGUUGACUUACUGUGUACGUCUCUGAGGGUGAGAUUGUCGGUCUCUGGCCAGCUGGGCCAACCCCUGUUCCCUUGGCCGUGUAAACAGUACCGAGGUCUCGGCAAGGGUUUCCAAGGGGCACGAGGCUGGCAGGAGGCCUUCACCACUGCUGGGACUCACACACAUACAUGCAUUUCUGCAGGGGUUUCCCUGCAAUGAGGCUUGUCUACAUCCAUGAUUGAGCACAGAAGGGGAAGAACAAACUGGAACCAUGGAGCUGGAGAAGGCUGGGGCUCAGGGCCAGUUCCCAGGAAAAUACCCAGACCAAGCCCAGCGCCCUUUCUGGAACCAGCCGAGCUGCUUCGUGGAAGUAAAUUCCAAAUAACUAAAAGCUAUCCUCACUAUUGUCUUAGGCUUGUGUGAA